GUCUCGUUAACUUCGUGGCGUAUGAACGCAUGUGGUGCGAAUUAGGCCACUUCACCCCAACUUUCAAUCGGGACAAGCUAGUCUUCCACUCUUCCGCCCCUUCUCAGUCUUCCCAGUUUCCACACCCAACACAGAAAGAUUCUGAACCUCAACAACAAACAAAGCGGCGGCGAAGAAGAAGUAGAGAUGGGGAUAGUGGAGGAAGCACACAAUGUUAGGGUUUUUGGUUCAGGAGAAAGAAUUAUAGUGUUGGGUCAUGGUUUCGGCACAGAUCAAUCUGUGUGGAAACACCUGGUUCCUCAUCUCGUCGACGACCACCGUGUGAUCCUUUACGAUAACAUGGGCGCCGGCCCUACCAAUCCCGAAUACUUCGAUUUCGAUCGCUACUCCACCCUGGAAGGUUAUGCCUACGACCUCCUGGCCAUCUUAGAAGAGCUACAGGUCGAGUCCUGCAUCUUCGUUGGCCACUCUGUAUCCGCCAUAGUCGGUGCCCUCGCUUCCAUCACUCGUCCCGAUCUCUUUUCCAAAAUCGUCAUGAUCUCCGCCUCUCCCAGGUACUUGAACGAUGUGGAUUACUACGGAGGGUUCGAACAAGAAGAUCUGGACCAGUUAUUUGAAGCGAUGAGAUCGAAUUACAAGGCGUGGUGUUCUGGAUUCGCGCCGUUGGCGGUUGGAGGUGAUAUGGACUCGGCGGCGGUCCAGGAGUUUAGCCGGACUUUGUUCAACAUGAGACCCGACAUAGCUUUGAGUGUGGCGCAGACCAUAUUCCAGUGCGACAUGAGGCAGGUUCUGAGGUUGGUGACCGUCCCUUGUCAUAUACUGCAGAGCGUCAAGGACUUGGCGGUGCCGGUUAUGGUUUCGGAAUACCUUCACACCAAUCUCGGCGGUGAGUCCAUCGUCGAAGUCAUGGCGUCCGAUGGGCAUCUCCCGCAGUUGAGCUCGCCGGAUAUCGUAAUUCCGGCUUUGCUUCGCCAUAUCCGUUUUGAUAUUGCUGUCUGAACUCUGAACUCUUAAUUAAUAAUUGAUUUUUGAUUUUACA